CUUUGUUCAAGUUGAGAACAGAUCAAGAUGGAAAACAUGUUUAUUCUGUUGUUGAUGAUUGCAUCUGCUUGUGCAGUUAGUUGGCCUAGUGGAAGGUACUCGCUUCCAAAACCAAAAUCUGGAUGCCCAUCAGGAUGGGCCGAAGGAUGGAGGUACCAGGACAAUGAAGAUAGCAAUAAUGUCAAUUCUGUAACCCCAAGUAUUAGCCAUCACUUCUUUGGUACUUUUGGUAGAAAUACAAAGUUGUAUUACUGUACAAAAACAUCCUACAGCGGAUCAGGAUCCUGGCCAAGUGGAAAUUAUUGUAUUGCCAGAUAUGGGAGUUCAUGUCCUUCAGGAUUUUCCACUGGCAAUAUCUAUUGGGACGACGAGGAUAAUGCAAAUGCUAACUCACAUGGUGGUGUUCUUCCAUAUGGAGUCUACGACAGGAACACAAAAAUAGAGUACUGUUGCAGGUCUGAUGGCUCGGCCUACAGUUACAUUAAUCUACCAACCAGAGAGCCUUUUUAUUUGUACCAGUACACCUCGUCGUGCCAGCGUGUACGUGGAAUGACUGUCCGUCAGGAAUCUGUGAAGACGGACGAUGAAGAUGACAGGAACAACAGCAGUGAUGGUGGAACUCAUCCAAAGAAAACAGAUACCACUGAAGUGUACUACUGUUAUUAUGUUGCAUAG